GCGCUUAAUUGCAGCCUCCUUCCGCGUCGCAGCGGACACGCAUCGCGAGCCAGCAUCCGACGCGGCGAGCCUAAACGCGAGAGGAUCGCGUGGAUUCCGCGCAUCCACAUCCGCAUCCGCAUCCGCAUCCGCGUCCUCGACCGACCUCCUUGUCUCGGGGACCGAGCUCUCCUCCUCGGCGCUGCCUUCUGCGGCCAACAGCCACAGAAAUUACUGUGAUUACCAGGAUAUACGAGGGGCCAAGGCAACCUUCGAACGGACUACCGAUGCCGGGGAGCGCCUCCGCCUCACGAUCGACCACCGACACCGGAUUCUCUCGAUACGCCAAGGAUCUAUAACGGGAGCCGCGAUCUCGCCUCCUUUCAACGCUCGAUCCUGAACCGUGCUGACAUCCUCGCGCAAAGAGAGAGAGAGAGAGAGAGAGAGAGAGAAAGAGACAGAGAGAGAGAGUGCCGACCGGACCACGAGACAUGCCCAUUCAUAACGCGAGCGAUCCUUUAAUCCCGUGGCCGAGAUAGAAGCGUCGCGCUCUCGUGUGUAAUUCCUCCGUUACGGAGCUGCUACGGUUACCAUCGCAUCGGACUGAACCUAUAACCUGUACAAUAUGAACUGCGCGUACCAGUACUCGCAUCCGGCUCACCCGCAAAACGUCAUGACCAUGCCGCCGACUGCUAUCCAGCAACCGCAUCAUUCCACGGAUACCGAGUACCUAGAGGACCAUCCGGGCUUGAGGGGCACACCGUUGGCGAUGUUGGCGGCGCAGUGCAACAAGCUGAGCAGCAAGAGCCCGCCGCCGUUGGCGGACGCGGCCGUCGGCAAAGGUUUUCACCCGUGGAAAAAGAGCCCGCAGAGCAGCGGUAGCUCGCCGCAGCACAGUUCUAGCGGCAGCGGCGGGGGCGGGGGCGGCGGCGGAGGUGGAGGAGGAGGCGGAGGCGGCGGAGGAGGAGGAGGAUGCACGACGACCGGCGUCAGUCAAAGACCGGCGGCGACGAGCAGCGCCGGCAGCACGACCGGCGGCUACGCUCGGGCCCCGGUGACUUCUUGCGCCUCGACGGCGCCCCAAUACGGCAGCGACCUGUACUUUCCGGGAACGGCGAGCGCCCAACCGGCCGGCGAUCCGCAUCAUCAUCAGAGCAGCCUGCUCGGAAAGGUCGAGGGAGCGACCUUGGGCUCGGUGUACGGCCGACACCCGUACGAGUCGUGGCCGUUCAACGCGAUGCCGGGCGCGACCCACGGCGGAAUCAAAGCGAGCGACGGCUGGUGGGACGUGCACGGGGCCGCGACCGCCGGCGGAUGGCUGGACGUGAGCAGCACGGUCGGCGUCGGCGUCCACGCCGCGCAAAUGGCCAACUACUCGGCCGACUACUCGACCAGCCUCGCGCUCGCCGGCAAUCAUUUGUUGACCACCGCGACCACCGCCGGCCACAAUCUCCUGCAAGACACGUACAAAUCGAUGUUGCCCGGCGGCCCGCCCGGAUUCGGGCUGCACCACCACGCGGCCGCGACGGCGGGCGCUGGCGCCGGGGCCGGCAGCCCGCAGGGGAGCGGCGGCGGCGUCGGCGUCGGGGCCGGCGGUGUCAGCCAGGCCCCGUCGCCCCGCUCCCAAAGACGCUACACCGGCAGAGCCACCUGCGACUGUCCAAACUGUCAAGAAGCCGAGAGGCUUGGCCCGGCCGGCGUGCAUCUUAGGAAGAAGAACAUCCAUAGCUGUCACAUACCCGGAUGCGGUAAGGUCUACGGGAAAACGUCGCAUCUGAAGGCCCACUUACGGUGGCACACUGCGGCACCUUCGAACCCACACCGGCGAAAAGAGAUUCGCCUGCCCGGUCUGCAACAAGCGGUUCAUGCGCAGCGACCAUCUCGCGAAGCACGUCAAGACCCACAGCAGCAGCAGCAGCAGCAGCGGCAGCAAGGGCAAGGGGGGAGCGGGGAGCUCGUCGGCCGAGUCCUGCUCCGACAGCGAGGACAACGGGAGUCAGCAGAGUCCCACUUCCAGCUCGGUGCCGCCGCAGCCGCAGCCGCCGCCGCCGCCGCAGCAGCAGCAGCAGCAGCCGGGCCAGCAACCGGCCCAGGGGGCACAGGCCCAACAGCAACAGGCUCUGGUGGCGGCGGCGGCGGCGGCGGCGGCGGCAGCGGCAGCGGCGGCGGGCCAGGACACCAACAACACCACCACAUCCCAGACCACCACCAGUCUCGGCCAUCAGCCGACAACGCCCAUGACCCCAAUACAGAUGACCCCGCCGCCUCUGACCCCACACCAUCCCCACCACCCGCAUCUCCCUCCUCUAAUGCACCAUCCGCAUCAUCACGCAACAUCCGUGCCGGCGGCGGCGGCGGCCCACCACCCGCACGCGGGGAUGAGCAUGCACUGAGCCCGGUGGGGCCCGGAGCCGGUGCCUGCAGUUCCGCUGCCGCAACGGCCCUGGGCUCCCCCCUAUCCUACCCCCUCAACCUGAACCUCGUACAGAACCACGCGACCAUCGGUCACCACCACACCACUACCGCGCACCACCAACACCAGAAUCAGAAUCACAACCAACAUCACCAUCACCACCACCACCACCAUCAUCACCACCAACAACAGCACUCGCGUCAGAGUAACUCCUAUUCCGUGCAACAAAAUCCUGGCACGCCGGGGACCGCGCAGACUCCCUCACCCUCGUCCCCCGCGCCUGUACAUAGUCUCUAGGUCUCUACGUCGACGGCUCAGCCACUCUUUCUCUCUCUCUCUCUCUCUCUCUCUCUCUCUCUCUCUCUCUCUCUCUCGCUCUAGCUCUCUUUCUCUCUCUCUCUUCUUCAAUCAUUUUUAUGUUUCUCUCGAGGCCCUUGAACGGAUUCACCCCCGCCCCCCGAAUAUAUACGGAUAGCGACGGAGCCUUUCUUUCAGGAUGCUUCGAUGCUCGAACCGGAGUCCCAGCUAGUCGAACCGGGCCGGCCACGGCCUUGUCGCCUAACGUAAGCGCGCCAACGUAAGUGUUUCCUGGCUCCGAAUCGCGCCGACCAGUUCGAAGCGACGUACAUUACAUAUUCGCACGCGUCCGUCGCUACCCUGUGUGUGUCUCUCUUUCUCACUCUCUUUCUCGCUCUAUCUUUCUCUCACUCUCUCUUUCUCUCACUCUCACCCUACUUACUACACCAACACCCUCUUGGUUUCUGUCUCCCCGAACGUCUUCACGACGUUCCCGGUUCGUUUCCUCGGCCGUUCCCUCGGUCGGCGGUCGUCGAAACCGUGACCACGGUCCGUCGACACCGUCGACCGUCGAUAACUUGUAAAUAUUAUACAUAGCGCGUGAGAAAGAUAUUAUAUUAAUUAAGCGGUGUAAUGUUGUAAAAAAAUUCUAUAUAAACGCACUGUCGCGCUGUACCAUACACUUAACACGUAGAUACACGCAACAAAUGCAUAUACGAGACAAGGUGCGCGCGAGCUCUCCCUCGGUUUUUCGAAACGACGCGACGACGCGACGACGGAACGACGACGCCCGCGCGCCCUCGCCCUCGAUCAUCGCUACCGGGGGAUAAUACGAGAUAUAUCGAAUCGAGAUUCCUCUCCGAGCAGGUUCCAAACGACGCAUCACCGUGCAGGCACACACAGAGACGCCCGUCGCACGACGGGAGAAAACCGCGUAUAUAUCGGAUUAAUUCGAUCCAAUUGAUUUCCCCUUGACGCGCGAUUUGCGUUUGGAACUUGGUAUUCGGACUGCAUCCCGACCGUCAUCGACCGUCAUCGACCGACGACGACCUUCUUCGAUCUUAAAUAUCACGAUAUUAUGAAUUAAUUAUUAUUAUUAUUAUUAAUUAUUAAUUAUUAAUUAAUUAUUAAUUAUUAUUAUUAUUAUUAUUGAUGUAUUAUUAUAAAGAUUAUAAAUUCAUUUUGAAAGAGAUAAAGAGGAAAUAAACGAUGCUUUUGUGAGUAA